UGUUGCCUCUGGAGCUAUUCUGAUGUUCCGAGUAAAAGAGCUGCAUAUAUGGGAAAAUAACAACUUCCCCGCCGAGGAAUCUGAUUAAAACGCACGCCGACAGGUAUGUUAUUUAUAUCUCAACACUCGACUCUUCUUUUAUUUAUCAAUUAUCGUACUCAAGCGAAAUCAUUCAUCCGUGCUAGCGUAGUUCUAGCAGCUAGCUCUGUGCUAACAUUAGCUGUAGUUUUGUCCCUUCCACUGAUUUUCACUAAAUAAAUACAAUUUAUGUUGACAAGCACUGAACUUACGUGGUCCUCAAGCUUCACAUUUGAUAGUAAUUGAUUAUUUUACACAUUGUACUGUGGUUCAACAUUGUUAGCUUAGCUACUAGAAGAAUAAUAGGGGCUUUAACUUUUAACAAGUGUCGAUUUGUAACAAUAUAUGUGCAGUUUUGUUUCAUCAUUAUUUAAUUAAUCAUUUAUUGCCUUUGUUUAUUUGAUAGUUUUUUUUUUUUUAUUUGAACAUUUUAUUGUUGCGUUCAUGCACAUGCGUUCCUUACGGUGGCAAAUAGGCGCAAACGCGCAGCAACGUCCAAAACCACAAAUGAUCCAAAAAAAUUAAAAGACAGAAAGAUGCUCCAAAUUGAAACUGUUGCAAUUCAUUAAAUUCUGCACGUACGGAAACAAAACGCAAAAGUAAAACGCUGCCAAUGCCAGUAAAUCACUAAAAAAAGUGAGCAACGCUGCAAGGGUGCAGUAUUUUCCAGUUGUAGUGUCAAACUCCUUUUUAUUGUGUAAAAGUGAAUAAUAUAUGAAUAUAAAUGUAUAUGAUACACAUAUAUAAUUGCAUAGUUGCAUUUCAUUAGUCUCUCUUUUACGUACGCUGUAAAAAAUUGAUUUCGAUUUUAUGGUAAAAAGCUCAGUUGCUAUAAUUCUUUCUGUUUUAUUUACAGCAUACCGUAUUUUUCGGACUAUAAGUCGCAGUUUUUUUCAUAGUUUGGCCGGGGGUGCGACUUAUACUCAGGAGCGACUUAUGUGUGAAAUUAUUAACACAUUACCGUAAAAUAUCAAAUAAUAUUAUCUAGCUCAUUCACGUAAGAGACUAGACGUAUAAGAUUUCAUGGGAUUUAGCGAUUAGGAGUGACAGAUUGUUUGGUAAAUGUAUAGCAUGUUCUAUAUGUUAUAGUUAUUUGAAUGACUCUUACCAUAAUAUGUUACGUUAACAUACCAGGCACGUUCUCAGUUGGUUAUUUAUGCCUCAUAUAACGUACACUUAUUCAGCCUGUUGUUCACUAUUCUUUAUUUAUUUUAAAUUGCCCUUCAAAUGUCUAUUCUUGAUGUUGGGUUUUAUCAAAUAAAUUUCCCCCAAAAAUGCGACUUAUAUAUGUUUUUUUCCCUUCUUUAUUAUGCAUUUUCGGCCGGUGUGACUUAUACUCCGGAGCAACUUAUAGUCCGAAAAAUACGGUAACACUGUAAAAUCUACAGUUCUUUUUAUAGUGUGUUACUGCUUAUGAAAAAACUGUACCGAAGUUGUUUUUAGGGUAAAAAAACUGGCAGCUUAGUCGCCAGAAUUUUACCGUAAAAUCUGUCGUCAUUUUCACAUUGUACAAUUCGAUAGAUAACUUGCUUUGAAAUCAUAAGUCAAUUUAUUUGUAUUUUAACGAAAUAAAACGAAAAUGCAAUGUUUUUUUUUUGCAAUAUUAGACAAUAUUUAAGAUAAGCAAUUGCAUCUAUUUUUUAAUGUCAAAAUGGGAAGAAAAAAAUGCAUUUAGUAAGAAAAGAUAAGGUACUUUAUUAUAUCCAGGCUUUUUCAGGCCACUUAAAUGAUGUGGCGGGUCAGAUCUGGCCCCUGGUUUUGGAUCGUUUCUGCGUUUGGACGUUGUUUGCAAGAUUGUCGGCCACCCUAGUUCAGCUUCACGCAAACAUUGACAACAAUCUGAGCGUGUAAUAUGCAUGUUGAUUUAUUUAACAAAACUAAAGGCUCAAAAGAUGGACGAUAGGCUGAAUGGAUCCUUGCCUGUUGGCUCCUCGGAGUAUCUCCAGCAGUGGAUUCAGUCGACUCAGCAGUUCCAAGCUCUCCAAGCGCAGUAUUCCGCCUUCAGCCAUCAGUCUUCCUACCCGGAGGCACCGACGGGAGCAACAGCCACACCUGCCGUGGUUAACCUUCAGCCAAUGAUGGAGCAACAGGAGCCGGCCGACCUGACCAAACCCCCGGCCAAAAAAAGAGGCAGAGCAGCUCAGCCCAAGGAACCACGCCCACCCAAACAACCAAAAGUCCCAAAGGCCCCCAAACCCCCUAAACCCCCAAAGGCACCAAAGCCCCCUAAGGACCCCAACGCCCCGAAACGCAAGCCGGGCCCAAAGCCCAAGAAGAACGCCGAGGGUCAAGCCGACGGAAAGCAGGAGAAGAUUGACGAGAGCUUCAAGAAGGUGAAGCGGAAAGUGGACCGUUUUAAAGGGAUGUCUGAGGAGGAGGUGAUGAAAAAGACCCUCCCGGAUCUGCUGGAGGACAAUCUCGACUAUGUCAUCAUUGGCAUCAAUCCAGGGUUGAUGGCCGCUUACAUCGGACGCUGGUUUCCUGGUCCUGGAAAUCAUUUUUGGAAGUGUCUCUUCCUGUCGGGAUUCACUGAAGAGCAGCUCAACCACAUGCACGACACAGCUUUGCCGGGCAAGUACAAGAUGGGCUUCACCAACAUGGUUGCCAGGGCGACGCCGGGCAGCAAAGACCUCUCAACCAAAGAGCUGCGCGAAGGAGGCACAAUUCUAGUCGAGAAGCUAAAGAAAUACAAACCUCUCAUCGCCGUCUUCAACGGCAAAUGCAUAUAUGAAAUGUUUUGUCGAGAACUAUUUGGUAAGAAACCGAAGAAGCUUGAUUUCGGUUUGCAGCCUCACAAGAUCCCAGACUGCGAAGUGGCCCUCUACCUGAUGCCUUCAUCCAGCGCUCGCUGUGCGCAGUUCCCACGCGCUCAGGACAAAGUGCACUUCUACAUCAAGCUGAGGGAGCUCCGAGACCAGCUGCGGGGCGCGGCCAAGCCCAGGGAGAUCGAGGAGGUCCAAUACUCCUUUGACCUGAGUCUGGCCAAGGAGGACGCCAAGAGGCUCGCCAUCAAGGAGGAGCAGUACGAUCCAGGCUACGAGGACGCCUACGGCGGAGCGUACGCGCAGCCCGCAGCUGAAGGAGGCCAAAGUCAGGCCAACGGUCACUGUACCUUCUCCCCUAGUGAAAACACAGACCGAGCACAGGAGGCGAGCACGUCGCAGACCCCGGAAGGUCAACUCCCCGACGGACAGUGGAUGUCGCAGUCUUUUGCCGACGAGAUUCCAGACAUCAGCGGAGGAGCGAAAGACGGCGCCGCGUGAGGAAGAAAAGACGUUAGUGAGGCCCCGCUGCCGUCCUCCCGUCUGGAUAACCGUUAGCGGACAUGUCCGCGCUUAGAUAGACUUUGUAGGCGUCUUGCAGAAUCUUCUCUCUGCGUCCUUUUAGAUUUUUCUUUGAUCUUCACAGCGACGGCGGUGGUUUUUACCGACGUCCAAUCAGGGACGAGGACUUUUUCCCACUGUCCUUUUUUUAAACGGGGACUCAGUCUUGUACUUUACACUCCUGACCAGCGGGGGGGGCAGCGUUUUACUUGAAACAGGCUAACAUCCAUGUUUCAGUUUUGCACUCUUCCAUACGCACACGUAGUCUUUUCAGCGCACCCAAGUUGGCGAGCGCGCCGCGGCGGACCCGAACCGCCCCUAAUCGCCACCUUCUUGGCGACGUAGCGGAAGGGGAGGGGCUACCUCAAGUGGUUGCAGUUCAGCUUAAAAAAGGAGAGAAGGAGAAGCCACAGAUAAAUAUUGCAAUUGCCAUUUCCAGAUUUGGGACAGCACAACAAAAAAUUGGCACACUCAGAAACGUAAGUACACAGUGUUCACAGUAUACCUAAAAAAAAAGAGUAAUGAUGGAAAUACUCCAUUUGAGACAGGAGGACACUGUCAAAACUGGCACAUCCAUAUCUAAAUUAUACUUCGAUAUGUGUACUAAUGGAAGUACUCCAUUUGAAACGGCACUACUUUAUCAAAAUUGGCGCACUCAGAAACGUAGGUUUACAUUAUCUACAGUAUAUUUACAUAUUGAUGGAAGUACUUCAUUUCAGACGGCACUAUAUUGUCAAAAUUGGUGCACCUAGAAACGAAGUACACAGUAUCCACAGAAUACUAAAAUAAGUGUCCUGAUGGAAGUACUCCAUAUGAGACAAUACAACACUGUCAAAACUGCGCAUUCCGAAACUAAGUACACAGUAUCUAAAGUACACUUAGGUACUUAAUUUCAGACGGCACUAUAUUGUUAAAAUUGGUGUACUCAGAAACUCAAGCACACAUUAUCUACAUUAUACUUAAGUGUCCUGUCCAUGUGAGACAGCAAUAACAUUGGCACAUUCAUAAACUACAGUAAGUACACAGUAUCUACAGUAUACUUAAAUAAGGUACCUGAUGGAAGUACUCCAUUUGAGACAGUACGGGACUGUCAAAACUGGCGCACUCUGAAACUAAGUAUCGGUACAUAGUCUCUAUAGUACACUUAGGUACUUAUGAAAGUACUUCAUUUUAGACGCCACUACAUUGUUAAAAUUGGCGCACUCAGAAACUCAAGCACAUUAUCUACAGCAUACUCAAAUACGGUAAGUUUCCUGUCCAUUUGAGACAGCAGUACAAUUGGCACAUUCAGAAACUACAGUAAGUACACAGUAUCUACAGUAUACUUAAAUAAGUGUCCUGAUGAUACUCCAUUUGAUACAGUACUUCAUUUCAGACGGCAUUGUCAAAUUUGGCGCAAUCAGAAUGGAACUAAGUACACAGUAUCUACAGUAUACUUAAAUAAGUGUCCUGAUGGAAGCACUCCAUUUGAGACAGUACGGGACUGUCAAAACUGGCGCACUCUGAAACUAAGUACAUAGUAUCCAUAGUACACUUAGGUACUUAUGAAAGUACUUCAUUUUAGACGCCACUAUAUUGUUAAAAUUGGCGCACUCAGAAACUCAAGCACAUUAUCUACAGCAUACUUAAAUAAGUUUCCUGUCCAUUUGAGACAGCAGUAAAAUUGGCACAUUCAUAAACUACAGUAAGUACACAGUAUCUACAGUACACUUAAAUAAGUGUCCUGAUGAUACUCCAUUUGAUACAGUACUUCUUUUCAGACGGCACUACAUUGUCAAAUUUGGCGCACUCAGAAUGGAACUAAGUACACAGUAUCUACAGUAUACUUAAAUAGGUGUCCUGAUGGAAGUACUCCAUUUGAGACAGUACGGGACUGUCAAAACUGGCGCACUCUGAAACUAAGUACAUAGUAUCUAUAGUACACUUAGGUACUUAUGAAAGUACUUCAUUUUAGACGCCACUACAUUGUUAAAAUUGGCGCACUCAGAAACUCAAGCACAUUAUCUACAGCAUACUUAAAUGAGUUUCCUGUCCAUUUGAGACAGCAGUAAAAUUGGCACAUUCAGAAACUACAGUAAGUACACAGUAUCUACAGUAUACUUAAAUAAGUGUCCUGAUGAUACUCCAUUUGAUACAGUACUUCAUUUCAGACGGCAUUGUCAAAUUUGGCGCACUCAGAAUGGAACUAAGUAUACAGUAUCUACAGUAUACUUAAAUAAGUGUCCUGAUGGAAGUACUCCAUUUGAGUCAGUACGGGACUGUCAAAACUGGCGCACUCUGAAACUAAGUACAUAGUAUCUAUAGUACACUUAGGUACUUAUGAAAGUACUUCAUUUUAGACGCCACAACAUGGUUAAAAUUGGCGCACUCAGAAACUCAAGCACAUUAUCUACAGCACACUUAAAUAAGUUUCCUGUCCAUUUGAGACAGCAGUAAAAUUGACACAUUCAGAAACUACAGUAAGUACACAGUAUGUACAGUAUACUUAAAUAAGUGUCCUGAUGAUACUCCAUUUGAUACAGUACUUCAUUUCAGACAGCAUUGUCAAAUUUGGCGCACUCAGAAUGGAACUAAGUACACAUUAUCUACAGUACACUUAAAUAAGGUACCUGAUGGAAGUACUCCAUUUGAGACAGUACGGGACUGUCAAAACUGGCGCACUCUGAAACUAAGUACAUAGUAUCUAUAGUACACUUAGGUACUUAUGAAAGUACUUAAUUUUAGACGCCACAACAUGGUUAAAAUUGGCGCACUCAGAAACUCAAGCACAUUAUCCACAGCAUACUCAAAUAAGUUUCAUGUCCAUUUGAGACAGCAGUAAAAUUGUCACAUUCAGAAACUACAGUAAGUACACAGUAUGUACAGUAUACUUAAAUAAGUGUCCUGAUGAUACUCCAUUUGAUACAGUAUUUCAUUUCAGACGGCACUACAUUGUCAAAUUUGGCGCACUCACAAUGGAACUAAGUACACAGUAUCUACAGUAAACUUAAAUAAGUGUCCUGAUGGAAGUACUCCAUUUGAGACAGUACGGGACACUCAAAACUGGCGCACUCUGAAACUAAGUACAUAGUAUCUAUAGUACACUUAGGUACUUAUGAAAGUACUUCAUUUUAGACGCCACUACAUUGUUAAAAUUGGCGCACUCAGAAACUCAAGCACAUUAUCUACAGCAUACUUAAAUACGUUUCCUGUCCAUUUGAGACAGCAGUACAAUUGGCACAUUCAGAAACUACAGUAAGUACACAGUAUGUACAGUAUACUUAAAUAAGUGUCCUGAUGAUACUCCAUUUGAUACAGUACUUCAUUUCAGACGGCACUACAUUGUCAAAUUUGGCGCACUCAGAAUGGAACUAAGUACACAGUAUCUACAGUAUACUUAAAUAAGUGUACUGAUGAAAGUACUCCAUUUGAGAUGGCUCUACGUUGUCAAACGUGGCACACUCAGAAACUCAAGUACACAUAAUCUACAGCAUACUUAAGUGUCCUGUCCAUUUGAGACCGCAGUAAAAUUGGCACAUUCAGAAACUACAGUCAGUACACAGUAUCUACAGUACACUUAAAUAAGUGUCCUAAUGGAAGUACUUAAUUUGAGAUGGCACUACAUUGUCAAAACUGGUGCACUCAAAAACUAAAUACUCAGUAUCUAAAGUAUACUUAAAUAAGUGUCCUGAUUUGAAAUACUCUAUUUGAGACAGCUCAAUGUGUCAAAAAGGGCGCACUCAGAAACUAAGUAGACAGUAUCUACAGUAUACUUAAGUAUGUGCACUAAUGGAAGUACUCAAUUUGAGACAGCACUACAUUGUCAAAAUGUAGACUUUGGAUUGUAUGGCCUUGGAUCUGAGUGUUUUUCAGAGGUCCUUUAGAAGACGCUGUCACAUUCACAAGCUCCUGCUCUGAUCAGUCUUUUAAAAACCUGCGUUGCCAUGAACUCACCACCAGAUCUCCCCUGGUCUCAAACGCAUCAUCACUGACUCCUCUGUUAAAUUACCUCAGCAGCCUUUCAUCAUGAAUUUAUUCUUUUCUGAAUUUUAGGCAAUUUUAGGAUUGUUUCGAUGUCGCUGGAAAUGACACUCACGGAAUUUGAUGAUGUUUGUGUAUUAAAAUGUCCUGAUGGUGCUUUUUUCUA